AUGGCAGACUCCGCCCUCGCCCACAUCCUCCGUCGAUCCCGCCUCAGGGCGCUCACAGCCAAGGCCGGCCAUGCCCUCCAUCUCGACUCGAGGCAUGCCCACCCCGCCCCCGAGACUCUCGAAAAGAAGGAGGUCAUCCAGGCCCUUGACGAGAGGUUCUACGCGAGUUUGAAUGAAUACAGCCCCGAGCAGCUGAGUAGCAUGGCCGCGGCCGGUAGCACAGUUGCUGCCGGUACUUCGACAGCCAAAACCUCCACGACUCAGCGGCAGGCCGCACAGGCCGCUACGGCCAAGACGACAGUAUCGCGAGUUUCGUCUGCUGCAGCUGCCGCCAGCACUGUGCAUGCAUCAACCAGCACCAGAUCCGUCGCCCAAAGCUCUGUAGCCCACACUUCCUCCGCGGCGUCGUCCAGUAUUGCUUCCAGUGCCGUGAGGAGUGUCGCGGCCAGUUCCUCUUCCUCGGCAAGCUCUUCAGUGGCUCCAUCCACGAGCUCGACAUCCACCAGCUCAAUCGCCCGUUCCACCAGUAGGGCAGCGUCGUCAACCUCCACCACUCAUUCUACCAGCAGCACUUCGACCACCCAUUUCACGUCCAAAGCAGCUUCCACCACUGCCCGAGAGAUCACCUCUCACGCGGCUGUUCAAUCAUCCUCAUCCUCCGCUGGUUCUUCACCCAUAACGCUUUCCUCCAUUUCUGCAACCGCUGCUGCGCUUUCUUCGAAUUCAGACAGCUCUUCCAGCUUAUCUACCGGGGCGGUCGUCGGCAUUGUCUUCGCCGUGGUAUGCGGGGUGGUCGUGGUCGGCUCGUUCUUCGGGUGGCUUUACCGUAAAUACACGGCCCGAUCUUACAACAGCAGCUCUCCCUGGUCCAAGAUUGACGACGAUAUCACUCCCUACAACUCUGAGAAACCCGGAUUCGACGACGUCUAUGGUGGCUCUACCGUACCAGUGAUCGCCUCCAGCCGUGACCUCUCUCGCGCUCGAUCCGACAUGGUUCCAUACACAAUGUACGACAACUCGCCGCUCAGCAACCAUGCCGGCGUUGGGGCUGGGGCGCUGGCAUAUGGUGGCCAAGGGGACAUUUCGCCUCCCCCUACCGCCUUGUCUUAUGGGAUAGACUCGCAGGGCAGGCCUUAUAAUCCGCAUGCUGGAAGGACGCCAAUGCUUCACACGCUCGAGGACCGGUAUGGCCACCAGGCUGAGCCGUACUCCCCCUAUAGCCACCAGCCCUACUCUUCCGCCUCGGACAAUUCUCGUCAACUCGUUGGUCCGGGUUCCUACGGGCCUACGUCCCCUGUCAACCGGUACGGAGCUCCUGGAGGUCACGUCGAGAUGCCCUUGCCUUCCCCCGUCCCUCUUGGUGGCCCCGCACACGCAAGUGAUGCCGAUCUGAGAGACUUGGAUGAGUUUGCGGACGACCCGCAGAUGGCCGGACUGGCGUAUACCUACGGUGACAGCCCCACGGCCAGCACCUUUGUUGCUCAUACCCAGGCCCCAAUCAAACACGACCUUCCUGCUGAGACCUACCGCGCGUCAGAUCACACGUCCACGGCUCCUGCUGCUCCCGACUUUCCUGCCCCCGCCGUCUCUACUCUCGACCCCACUGUCCCUGCUGCUUCUUCAUCUGGCGAAAAGUCGCGACUCGCACCCCUUCCUUUGCCUGCCUUCGAGCCGCUUUCUCCAUUGAUGUCUCACUUCGACACGAACAAUAAGGGCCAAAGCCGACAGCUGGCCAUGUACGAAGACGAGCAGGAGAGGGAGCAAAGGAGAAUGUACCAAGAAGUGGCCAAGAGUGCUGGGAUCGAUGAGCCUGUGACGCCAUUCGUCUCCUACACCAAUGCCUCGCCUUCCCCCGAGCCCAUGCCUGUCCCCAAUGCGCAAGCACUCAACCAGUCGACCGCUUCUACCACUUCGUCAUUCUCCACCGGCAUGCCCAGGCUCCCCGAGAUUGGUUUGAGCGCUCCUAGGCCAUACGAACACGGCCAGCCCCUGUCACCUUUGACUGAAGUGCCCACGCCCAUGAGCUCCAGCUCUAUCGGCGUGCCGCUCCCUAAUCCAUUUGACAAUCCCGCUUUCACCUCGCCCAAGUCUGCUCCCUCGGCUCCUGCCCCGCCUUACUCACCGUACGAGUACGAGCAAGAGCCCGGGACGCCGACCUCUACGACUGCGACAUCGAACACGCCGGUACCCGGGCAAACAAUAAACAGGUCUUUCCCGCCGCCUGAUAUGCCUGGAAGUGUGUUGGGCUCGCCUGCUGCUGGGAGGAGGUGGAGUGGGAGCGAGGAUGUUUAUGGGGGAAUUUAG